GAGGUUUUUGAUUGGCUGCUGCAGACUGCUGCGGAUAUAGAUAUAAAUCUUAUGGUGCUGAGUUUUCAAGGCCGGGCACAUGAAGGCCAUGACAUCGCGAACAUGUCGCUGAGGCUCCAUCCCCUCGAACUUUACCAUGGAAGCCUCACCUACAGUAAUGGCGCCAGUGGAGUUUACAACAAAUCGCCAGAACACAAGUAUGAAAUGAUGCCCUCAGCAUUCGAAAUCCACGAGGCUGGCAUCAAAUUCAAGAAGAGAGAGAGAGGCAACCUGGUGGACAUUGACUUCAAGCGUGGCGUGCUGAGCAUGCCGGUGACUAAGGUGGUCGACAGCACCGAGAGCUUGUACCUCAACCUGAUGGCUUUUGAGCGGCUGCAUGUCGGCGCUGGCGACCUCGUGACAGCCUAUGUGAUCUUCAUGGACAACAUCAUUGUCUCGGCCAAGGACGUUGAGAUGCUGAGUUCCAAUGGGGUCCUCAAGAAUAUGCUAGGCUGCAAUGAGGAGGCCGCGAAGCUAUUCAACGGUACUCUGUCCAGAGGGCAAGUUCUGGGGCCGUGCCCUGGUCUCCACAAAGUUCAGUACGACGUGAAGGCCUACUGCAGAAAGCCGUGGCACAAGUGGCGAGCCACCCUAAUACGCACCUACUUCCGAAACCCUUGGACGUGCAUCUCCCUUGCAGCUGCCGCCAUUCUACUCAUUGCCACCCUGUUGCAGACCAUCUACACCAUGAAGCAGAACAUGUCUUGAGAGUAUAACUUAGUUAAGAUAUCACAGCGGCAAAUCAGUUCAUGUCCAUAGUGAUCUCUAAUGUUUAUGUAAGUGUUGAAUAAUGUUCUAUUUUCAGUUUGUUGCUGGUUCUAUUUAAGAGUGGUAUAUAUGCCUCAUUUCCGUUAGAAAUAAACAAUGGAUAUACCUGUGCGUGCAGGAGUGUAUACUCUACGGUUUUCUACAUUAAUUGCUUAUGUAUGUAUGAUCCUGAUGAGUUUAAUUA